GUGGCAGCAGACCUGGACGGUCGUUGUCCGUUGCCCGCCUGCGCUCUUGUCACUGCUGCUGCUGCUGUCACUACUGCGGGACGGAGUGUGGACAGCGGGCGCAGCGGAACGGCGACAAUAUCGACAAUACCGACAAUACAAUCACCUACCCACCACCCGCAUCGCAUUGUUUCGAUUUCACGGGGACGCUCUUGCUGGGAAGCUGACAACCUACGGCUCCACUACCGCGACGACACAUUCGACUGCGAGCCCGUAGACUUGACCGCAACCCAACUUCGCCCUGUGACCGGUGCGACCGAGCUGUGUACUGCGCCCUUCUCGCACUACCCACUGGUUGCCUCCAUCCAAGCACCGCCGCCCUCUACGCCCGCCCUGCCUCGCGCCCGAUUACAGGCGGUAGACGACACUUUACUCUCCAUCGCACAGACACACUCGCACUCGACACCGCGACGCGCAACGAAUCCCUCCCCCACCGAAUGCCGACUGACGACGACUCCGACCACGCCCUCGAGCCUUGACGGCGGGCAGCGCUGCGAGUCCAGCAACGAUGGAACAGCCAAACAUGAUGGCGCCGAACGGCAUGAACCAGAUGGGCGGCGCUGGCGGCAUGCAGCGCCCGCAGAAUGGCAAUGUGCAGCAGCAGAUCUUCGCAAAGAUCAUGCAAGAACUGAGGAACGGCGACGCCUCGAAAUUUAUCGGCGCCUGGCAGCAAGCGCACUCUAUACAAGAUCGCGCGAGUCGGAUAAUGCAGCUCGUCAGCCAACUCCGACUCAUCAACGCCGACACCUCCAUGUGCCUGGCCAUCGCACAGAAAUGGGAAUCGCGCACCUUUGAAGAUUCAAGCAACAAGGAACAGUACGUCGAGCGGAUGGAUCAGAAGAUGCGCGAGAUCCGCCAGCGGCGCGAUCAGCAAGCCGGCACUCUCCCGCUGGGCGCCGCAGGCAUGAUGCCGAAUCAGAUGGGUGGCAAUAACGGCAUGAUGCGGCCCGGCAACAUGAUGGGCGGCAUGCCCAACAUGCCCAAUAUGCAGAACAUGCAAAACGUCAACGCCAUGAACGGCAUGAAUGGCAUGAACGGCAUGGGCUUCCCGAACAACGCCAUGGGCCAACAGCAGAACCAGAUGAACGGCCAGAACAACCCCAUGUUCCCCGCACAGCUCUCGCGUCCAAUGCAGCCGUCACCGAUGCCAGGUCAGACAGGCACUCUUGAUCCUUCGGCACUGCAGAUGUCGAGUCAAGGGCGUCAGCCAUCACAGCAGGGACAACAGCCCCAGCAAAACAACAUGAACCAGUCCGGCCAGCAGCAGCAGGCGCCAAACAUGGGCCAAGGGCAACCGAAUCAGGUGCUACACCCGGCAGUUUUGGCACGGGCACGCCAGAUGUUCGAAAAGAUGCCCGAGGAGCAGAGGCGGACCAUGCGGGCCCAGCUCCUGGCACAGAUGAGUGACGCGCAGAGAAAUAUUUGCCAACAGCAAAAGCGUGACCCGGUCCUCACUUUUUGCAUGAAGAAGGCCCAGGAGCUCUUCGACCAGCGUAAACAGCAGAUGGGAGCACAACAGAACCCCGGGAUGCAGCAAAACGGCAACAACAUCAACAUGCAGAUGAACAACAACAAUAAUAACAACAACGCUCAGCAGCGACCGCCUUCGCAAACGGGUGGUCAGAAUUUCGACGUUUCUGGCAUUCUUGGACAGCAGGCCACCGCCAUGAAGCUACAGGAUGCCGGCGAGCAGGUCGUGCCAGCCAGCACUAAUAACAGCAACUUCAACAUGGGAAUGGGUAAUCCGGGGAUCAAUCCACAGAUGCUCGGUAACCAAGGCGGGCAAGGUGGGAACAACGCCGUCAACCCACAGCAAGCCUUCUUUCAGCAACAGCAGACUGCGCAACAGCGAGAGCGCAUGCAAAAGCAGUUGAUGGCGCAACAGCAGGCCAUGCAAGCAGCACGCAUGCAACAGCAACAGCAGCAACAACAGAACCAGCUGACCGGGCAGCCUGGCGGACUGCACGCGCCGAAUGCAUUCAAUGGUGGCGCUGGCGGCCAAUCAGCCAGCCCAGCCAUGUCGAUGCUCAACAGACCUAUGGUUCCACCCGGGCAGGCGACGCCUGGCACACCGCAGCCAAAUCGACAACAGCCGAUGGCACCGAACGCAAACCAGCUCAUGCAACACCAUCAGAAUAUGCUCAACCAGAACCAACAGCAGAACCAGCCCGGUCAGCAGAUGAUCCCGCAAAAUUUGCAAGACAUCCUGUCACGUGUGCCUCCUGCAUUGAGGGACAAGCUCGUGCGCAUGCCACCAAACGAUAUGGCUAUGAUGCUGGCGAAGAUGAACAUCAUCAAGCAACCAAAUGGCAUGGGUCAGCCAGGGCAGAUGAAUCAGCCGGGCAUGCCAGGCAUGCCGCAGCAGAAUGCCCAGCAAAACGCGAAUAUGAUGCAGCCGCAAAUGGGCAAUGCGAUGGGCGGCUUCAACGGGCAACCGCCUCAGAAUCAACCCAACAUGCAGAUGAAUCCUCAAGCGAUGAUGCAGCGCAACGCGCAGCAGCAACAGAUCUUGAGGCUGAGGCAGCAAAUCAUGGAUCAGAAACCAUUCCCGCGUCAAGUGCUCACCGCACUCUCCAUCUCGGUGCCGCCACAGGUACAGAAAUGGGGCGAUCUGAAGCAACACGUCGUACAAAACAGCUCCGUGGUCCCACAGCAGACCAUCGAGCGCGUUGGACAGUUGCAGCAGCAAUGGUAUUCGGCGAAUGCGCAAGAGAUUAACAGUGCCUUGCAAGCUUUCAUUACCCAGCAGCGACGGUCACAAGAAGCACAAAAUGGUCAGCAGCAGCCGCAAGUCAACAACAUGCAACAGCAGCCUUCGAUGGGCGCAUCGCAAGCUCCGCCGGCUCAGAUGGUGCCUCCUGCACCGAUGAUGCAAGCUCCUCAAGCAGGUGGUGAUCCCGGCCAACAAGGCGUCCCUCCACAAGUGCAAGCGCAGAUGAUGCGUAUGAUCUCGCCCGAUGAGAUUGCGAGAUUCCGUAACAUGCACGCACCGAAAACACAGCAGAUGAACGACGACAUGAUCAGGACCAUCAUUGUUCGCCAGAAGAUUACAGAGAUGCGAAAUGCGCAGCGUGCUCAGCAGGGACAGAAACCGCCCGGUGCAACUCCACAAAUACCCCGACCACAACAGGCGAACAUGCCGAAUGGCGGUCAGGCACAGCAACGUCCACCUCAAGCUGGACCUAUGCAAGGUCAAAAGCCAGGCAGCGACGAUGUCGUCGAGGUCAGCAAUCCAGCCUUGCAGCAGCAGGCUCCGCAAGCGCCACCAAUGCAAGCAUCGCAGUCCCAACAGCAAGGGCCGACACGCGAGCAGCUCGCGCAGAUGCCGCCCGAGCAGAGAAAUGCGUUCAUGCAAAAGCGCCAAGCUCAGAUGGACGCUCUUCGCAAGGCACAGGGUGGCGUUGGCGGUGCCGCGCCUGCGCCUGCCAUGUCUCAACAGGAAGCCAGCCUGAGGCUGACGAACAUCAUGAAGGAGAUUCAAAGCACCACUCCCAAGGGUCCGCCAGUCAACAUGGACCCGCAGAGCCAGGAAAAGGUCAAGGCGGCCCUUCAGAGGCUAUACAAGCCGAUCUUCCAAAUGUCGGCGACAUUCCCAACGGCUAUGUCCUGGGGUCUGGAGGCGCCAUUGCGGGACAUCAUUCGAGCGAAAUUGCUACUUCAGCAAAAUGUCAAGGACGAACAGGCGACCAUGCGAGACUACUACUCUUUGACGCAACAGCAGCUGCAAGAGAUGGAGAGGGCCGUCAGCGGCUACAUGAACGAGUUCAAACAGCUGCAACUCCGUCUACAGGCACAGAAAGGAGGUGCUGGCAAGGACCAGCAACCACAGGCUCCUUCUAUGGCAGCUGCGCCCUCGCAACAGGGACACGCGCGCAAGCCUUCUCAUGCUCGCGCACCGCCCGCACCAACUGACGACAAGAAGUUUGACUGGUCAGCGCAGAGUCCUGGCGUACCAAUGUACGCUCAAGAUCAGCCAGGCCUCACACAAGACAAGCUCAAGUUUCCACCGCAAAAGAAACGCAAGCCCAACCAACCUGGCAGUCAAGUGUCCACGCCUGCAGCGCAAGCGACCACUCCAGCGAAUGCAAAUGCCAGUCCUGCACUUGGCAGUGGCAAGGGCCAGCAGAGUCCAGAGCAGAUCAAGAAGACGCAGCAACAGCUCAAAGCUGACAUGGAGCGUGAGGCAGAAUCGAGGAGAUUCAAAUGCAAGGACUCAUCUUGUGAACACUCUCUCCGCGGUUUCGACACCGAAGCUCAGCUCAACGAGCAUGACAAGGCUCAGCACCAGCCCGUUGACGACCCGCUCGGAUUCUUCCUCGAGAACGCUACCAAAGCGCUUGACGUUGACAAAGAUGGCAAUGCCAAUGCGAAACCAGAUGCGCAGACUGCUAAGUCUGCUCCUCCUGCGAAGGCCCGUCUCACUGUCAACGACCUCAAGGAAGACGAGCUCACCAAGCAAGAGUUGGAGCAGGUUCGCCGGAAGAUGGUUCCCGCCUCCGUCAGGCAGAAACUCGCCAAGAAGCAGGCUGAACUCGAUGCCGCGAACGAGCAGGCCAAGGAGGCGGAGAAAGAGCAGACAAUGCGCGAGGCAAUGGCACAGAAGCUCGAUCUACCACUGUCGACCGUCGAGCCAGUCACGGAGCUGCCGAUCAUUGCAGACGACAACGUGUUCGAUGUUGGUCUGAACGAUAUGGACACUGAGCUUUUCGAGAGCUUUGGCAUACUCGGCAACCAGAUGACCCUGGAGAGCAUCGAAGAAAUGGCGCGAGAGAAUUGGCAACCCGUUGAUGGCGAUCUCUCAAGCUGGCGGCGCGUAGACGAACCAGGCCUGACCGACUCGUCACCAGAGCUCACGCCAGAUGGUUCGCAAAACAGCGACGUCAGCCAGAGCGACACCAUGCGCUUCAUGAUCAGCGUCGAGAACGAGGGCAACUGGGACCCUUGGGGCAAUGGUCAAGGUAUGGGCGUGUCGGAGACGAUGCUGCCCAUGUAUAUGCAAAUCAAAGAGAUGAUGAAUAACAGUAAUGUGUCGGAUGAAGCUGAUGUGAAUAUGGGAGGGGCUAAUGAAGAGGGAGGAGAACCACAAAAGAGCGUGGGAGAGCUCAGCCCGAGAAAGAGAAAGGCCAUUUCGGAGGUCUGGGAUGUGCCUGUGAAGGAUAUGCUUGAUGAGUUCUUCACAGUGCCGCAGAAUGGCGAUAACAUCCAGCAACGACAACAACAGCAGACCUUUUCUGCUUAGAUGGCAGGAGAUGAGUAUGGUCGGAGAAAGCAAGAUCACACGCAAGGAUUGCUACUACUCAGCGUUGGCGCUUGGGAAAAAUGGGAUGAUAAAGAAGGAAGAGACAAAGAAGAAGAACACUCGCUGCUGAACGUCGAAAGUGCUUCGUUGGUUUGGCGCGCGUUUUAUCGUUGUUGAUGCGGAUUAAGCGAUGGCGUUCGCGUUUUUCCUCUUUUACGAGGCGUUGCUUCUGGGCAUGUAAAAUGAUACCCUGGCUCUUCCUCUUUCUUCGCACCUGGUGUACGGGAAAGAAAGGAACUGUAUGUAAAACAGAGAGAUCGGAUCGAGCAAAAAUUCGCAAAGCUCUUGUUUGGAUGUGC